GAUUCAUAAAAAUUUUAUGAAUAAAAAAAAAAAAUUAUUAGCUUGAGCUAAUAAAAUCAUUAGAGUAUUUAUAAAUAAAUAUAAAUAAAAAUAAAAAAAUUAAUAUCAAUUAAUAAAUGAAUAUAUCUAAAAAAAAUUUAAGUGUUGAAUUUUUUUUAUUAUUAAAUUAGAAAAAUAAAUAAAUAAGGUCACUGGAAUUUCGUCAUUAAGAAAUAUAAAAAAAUAGAAUAAUAUAAGAUUUCAAGGACACACAAUACAUACAUAUAUAUGUAAAUGUGUAAAUGUGUAAUUAUAUUUACAUAUGGAUCUCAGAGGCGAUGAUUUGAGUCAAUUUGUACAACUUCAGAGUUCAGUUGUAAUUUGUUUCUACAAAGAGCAGUAAUACACACAAAAUUUGUAUAAUUAAAUUAUUUAAAUAAUUUAAUAAUCAUCAUAUCAACAUGAGAUUAUUAUUUUCUAUAAUUUUAAUAAUAAAUUUAUUAUGUGUUAUUGAAUCUCAAACUUCAUCUGAGAUAAAAAAUGACCCUGAAAUAGUAAAUAAUCAACAGACUAAUACUAGUUCAACACCAUCAACUAAAAAAAAAUCAGGAUCUCAUAUGAGUAUUUUUCCAGGUACCAAGUGGUGUGGCAAAGGAAAUAUAGCCAAAGAUGAGAAUGAUCGUGGUAGUUAUAAAGCAGAUGAAUGUUGUUAUGCUCAUGACAGAUGUCCAGUUAAAAUUAAAGGAAAAACAACAAAUUAUGGAAUUCACAAUAAUAAAUCAACCUCAAUAUUAAGCUGUAAAUGUGAUCGUGAAUUUUAUGAUUGUCUCAAGGGUGUACAUACAACAUCUAGUAAAACAAUUGGAAUACUUUAUUUUGAUAUAUUUAAAAAUGAUUGUCUUGAGGAAUAUCCAGAAGGAAGUGGACAAUAUAUUAUUCAAUCAAAUACAACAAGAUAUUCACAAAAUCGCUUUGUCAAAUUAUUAUCCAAGCUAAGAUCAUAAAUUUGUCAUAACAUAAACAUUAAAAUUAUUAUUAAAUAAAUGAAUAAAUAAAUCUA